AUGACUGAAGAAAUUCCUACCUACAGUAGAUGGCAAAACUUCAAAGAUGCCCUUUAUGGAUUCAGACCUAAUAAGGCCAAGUUUACCCCAGACAUGUAUCCUGACUUGAAGGGAAAAGUAGCCAUUGUCACUGGUUCUAACACUGGUUUAGGUUUUCAAGUCACUAAAUUACUUUAUGGAAAGAAUUGUGACGUUUUUAUGGUCGUCCGAAAUGAAACUAAAGGCCAAGACGCCCGUGACACUUUAUUGAAAGAAAUUUCAGAUUCAGAAGGGUCACUUACCCUCAUUGCAGGUUGUGACUACUUGGAUCUCACUGCGAUUAAAGCUGUUGGUGAGGAUAUUAGAAAAAAAUUGAAUGGUAGACCAAUCAAUAUGAUUAUUCACAAUGCAGGUUUAAUGCCUCCAGUCAACACAGGUACUUCUAAGCAAGGACAUGAAGCAGUUUUUCAAACUAACGUUUUGGGUCCUCAAUUAUUACAACAUUUCUUGGAUCCUUUGUUUUUGAAAAAUGAUGAUACUGCUUUGAAAAGAAUCGUUUGGGUCAGUUCUGCUGCACAUUUGUUUGGUUAUCCAGAAUAUGGUAUCAGAUGGGAAAACCCUACUUUUGAAAACGAGCCGGUUGAAAGUAGACCCCAUCCAAUGAAAUUAUAUGGACAGUCAAAAUCUGCUAACAUCCUUCAAGCCAAAGCCUGGGCUACUAGAAACGCUGAAAAAGUUAAUGAGAUCGGGUGUGUCUCUGUCUCAUGCUAUCCAGGUAAUUUGAAAACCGAGUUGCAAAGAGGUUGGGGUGCCAUUAAUCAAGCAGUAGGAAACUUACUCUUGUACAAUUCUGUUUACGGUGCUUACUCCGAAUUAUACGGUGCUUUAUCUCCUGAUUUGACAGUUGCUGAUCAAGGCGCUUACAUCAUUCCAUGGGGUGAAAUUGGUCAGCCAAGAAAUGACAUUAAAGUUGGUCUCACUACCGGAGCAGACUUAAGACUUUGGGAUUUGGUCGAAGAAAAGAUUUCUCAAUUUUUUUGA